CACACACACACACACACACACACACACACACACUGAGGAGAGGAGAAAGAGGCAACAGUUCGGUCUGCAGGAGCAGAGCGCAGAUCAGUCUGUGCACUCUCCUCUUGUUUCUCUUUUUUUUUAUUUGUUGUUUGUUUGUUUGUUUUUUUCUGUCAACAUGCAGUGCCUGUGGAUUUAACAUGCCAGACUUGUGAGGAUAUAUCGUCCCCUCUCCUCUUCCUCUGUGGAAGUCUUCGACACAGCGCGCACAGAAGAUGGGGCCAAAAGUGAUCGGAACCAGAGGAGUUGUUCUCUGUGCGGCUCAGCUGCUGCUGCUGCUGCUCUCUCUGCAGGGCACCGCCGGAAAAACCCUCAAAUACAAAGUUUAUGAGGAGCAGAAAGUGGGGACCGUCAUCGCCCGCCUGAAGGAGGACGUCUCCGGGGUUCUGUCCAAGCUGCCCGGCUCCCUGAGCUUUCGGUUCCGCGCCAUGCAGCGGGGCAGCGCGCCGCUCCUGUCCGUCCGCGAGGAGGACGGAGAGAUCAGCAUCGGCACCAAAAUAGACCGCGAGACACUCUGCGAGAAAAACCUGAACUGCUCCAUCGAGUUCGACGUGGUGACGCUGCCCACGGAGUACCUGCAGCUGUUCCACGUGGAGGUGGAGGUGCUGGACAUCAACGACAACUCCCCGCACUUCUCACGCGCCAUCGUGCCCAUUGAGAUCUCCGAGAGCGCGUCGGUGGGGACGCGCGUCCCGCUGGACGGCGCCGUGGACGCAGACGUGGGUGAGAACUCCCUCCACACCUACUCCUUGACACCCAACAACUUCUUUAAGAUCGACGUGAGGACCAGGACGGACGGGGCCAAGUACGCAGAGCUGGUGGUUAUGAGGGAACUGGACCGGGAGGUCCAGUCCAGCUACCAGCUGCAGCUCACUGCCUCAGAUAAUGGUGUGCCCCCAAAAUCAGGGUCCACUUUACUCAAGAUAAGUAUCUCAGAUUCCAAUGACAACAGCCCCGCUUUUGAUGAACAGGCUUAUGUCAUCAGUUUGCUGGAAAACUCUCCCCUUGGGACCCUCAUCAUUGAUUUAAACGCCACAGAUCCAGAUGAGGGAACAAAUGGUAAAAUUGUCUACUCUUUCAGUAGCCAUGUUUCACCAAAGAUCUUGGAAACGUUUAAGAUAAAUCCACAAAAUGGACACAUAACUCUGAUUAAAAAAGUUGACUAUGAAACCACUGUGUCAUAUGAGCUAGAUGUCCAGGCUCAGGACCUGGGUCCGAACUCUAUCCCCGGACUUUGUAAAAUCGUGGUGAAAGUGGUCGAUGUGAAUGACAACAAGCCAGAAAUAAACAUCAACUUGAUGACUCAAGGCAAAGAGGAAGUAGCGUACAUUUCAGAAGGGGCCCCGGUGGACACGUUCAUAGCUCUGGUACAUGUUGAUGACAAUGAUGCUGGCCUCAAUGGAGAAGUGGUGUGCAGGCUGCAUGGCCACGGCCACUUCAGGCUCCAAAAGACCCACGAGAAGAACUACAUGAUCCUCACUAACGUCUCGCUCGACAGGGAGAAGAGGUCAGAGUACAGCCUGACUGUUAUCGCUGAGGACAGGGGUUCCCCGAGCCUGUCCACCAUCAAACACUUCACGGUUCAGGUGCUGGAUGAAAACGAUAACCCUCCACAUUUUGAGAAGAACCGCUAUGAGGUUUUUCAAUCUGAGAACAAUUCUCCUGGGGCCUACCUAAUGACAGUGGUGGCCUCAGACCUGGAUUUGGGGACAAACGGUCAGGUCACCUACACCAUUGUGGACGCUAUGAUUAAAGAGAGCCCCAUUUCUACCUACGUCACCAUCGACCUCUCAAAUGGAGCCAUCUACGCCUUGCGCAGCUUUGAUCAUGAAGACGUGAGCCGCAUAGCCUUCACAGUUCAGGCUCGUGACGGGGGGAACCCUGCUCUGUCAGCCAACACUACCGUCUUGCUCACAGUUCUGGAUGAAAACGACAACCCACCCCUUAUCCACUCCCCUACUCUCAGGAAUCACACAGCUGAGCUUCCUGUGUGGAAGUAUGCAUCUCCUGGUCAGCUGGUCACGGCACUUAAAGUUACGGACCGGGACUCUGGUGCCAAUGGAGAGGUGAGCUGUGCCAUCGUUGGCGGGAACGAGGACGGGUUGUUUGUGAUGGACGUUCGGCGAUGCGAGCUCAGAACCAAUGCCAGUUUGGACCAGGUUUCACGGGAUGUGAUGGAGAUUAGAGUGGAAGUACAGGACAGAGGAACCACCCGGUUAACCACAGGGGCCCUCCUCAGGCUCACCCUGCAGGAAAACAUGGAUAUGCCCCCUCUUUACCCCACCGGCUCCAGCCAGGCUUCACUCGAUCUCUCGCUCAUCGUCAUCAUUUCUCUCUGUGCUGUCUGUGCUCUGCUUCUAAUUGUCAUGGUGAUGUUCGCAACCAGCCGCUGCAGCCGGGAGAAAAAAGACUCCAGGCACAACUACAACUGCCGUGUGGCAGAGAGCAGCUAUCAGAACCACCCCAAGAAGCCUGCCAGGCAGAUCCACAAGACAGACAUUACUCUGGUCCCCACCGUCAAUGGAACCUUACCUGUUCGAUCUCACCCACACUCCCCCUUGCCUUCCCCCAUACCUGAGAGAGGCACUCUGGGAAGCAGGCAGAGCCAUCAUAGCCGGCAGUCACUCAACAGCCUCGUCACCAUCUCCUCCAAUCACGUGCCAGAGAACUUUGCCCUGGAGUUGGCCCACGCCACACCUCCUGUAGAGCAAGUCUCACAGCUUCUGUCCAUGCUCCAUCAGGGCCAGUACCAGCCACGACCAAGCUUCAGAGGCAACAAAUACACCAGAAGCUACAGAUAUGCCCUGAAUGAGAUGGAUAAGUUCAGCCUGAAGGACAGCGGCCGUGGAGACAGUGAAGCUGGGGACAGUGACUAUGACCCUGGCAGAGAGUCCCCCAUGGAUAGGCUCCUCGGUGAGGCCUUUACUGACCUAUAUUCUUCCAGUGGGCAGCACAGACUGCAUGCAGCCAUGAAACUUUGCACAGAAGAGUGUCGUGUUCUGGGUCACUCAGACCAGUGCUGGAUGCCCCCCCUGGCCAUACAAGCCUCAUCCUCCACUGACUACAGAAGCAACCUCUACAUUCCUGGGGAAGAGGCCCACCAAGCCCCUGACGUCUCUCAGGAAAAGAUCCCUCAACCCUGCACCGAGACCUGCACCGCCAGGAACCAGAGCUUCUCCACCUUCGGGAAGGACCUUGGUGGGGAGGACGGCGGCGAAGAGGAGGGUGGGGGAGGAGGUCCAUGUGAAGAAGGAGAUGAAGAUCUGUGUGGAACCACGUCGUUGCUGUCAGAGAUGAGCAGUGUGUUCCAGAGGCUGCUUCCACAGGGUCUGGAUUCGUACAUUCAGGUCAAUGAGAACCAGAAGGGGACAAGCCUGAGCGGGGUCAGCGUACCCAUGACGGGGUCUUUAGACCGCAGAAGAGGCCACCUACCGGGGAAGCCGAGUCCAUCCGUUCACCAGCAGGGUGUGGCAGCCUGGGCGGCCAACACUCACUUCCAGAAUCCAGGAAGCAGCAUCUGUGCUUCUGGUCAGCACCAGGUCGGCAGCUACCACACCCUCAAACCCAACAUCAAGCUCAGCUCCCAGAGCAGCAGCCACAAGGGGUCGCAGGUGCCCAAAAACAGUCCCCAGAACAGUGGGCACGCUCCCAAAGCCAACGUUAGUCCUCUGGGGACAGGACUGGUCAACCCAGCCAUGAUGCAGCCGUCCCUGACCCCGGCCACAGUGCCAGUCCCAGCCACCGGGCCCACCUCCAAGUGGCUGCCAGCCAUGGAGGAGAUCCCAGAGAACUACGAGGAGGAUGACUUUGAGUCGGUCCUCAGCCACCUCCAAGGCAAACGCAGCGACAGCCGGCACGAGCUGGUGGACGCCAGCGAGCUGGUGGCUGAAAUUAACAAACUCUUACAGGACGUUCGGCAGAGCUAGAUGCUCUGUUUUAUUUAUUUCUACACGUUCACUGCCUCUUUUUAUAAAGAAUAAACAUGAGGUGAGUAGAUUUUAAUAGAAGGAAAAAAAAUCGUAACUUGAAAAAACUGACUAAAUAAAAGACGUGCAAUGGGGUUGGGCGAUAGGUUAAAGUUUUUUUCAUUAGCCAUAGCUGAUGCAACCAUCGAUGAUGGGUGACACAUCUGAGGCAGCAGGGGGUUAGAAUGAGGUUCUUUGUUGUCAUUGAUUUUUUUUUUUUGUGUGUGGGAUGGUGGGGGUAUUAAUACAGUAUAUUACUGGAUUGGGCGUGGCUAGCGCGUUGCUAGCUACAUUAAGCACUGAGGAGUCGCACCAAAAUGAAUGGAGGUCAAUGGACUGUGAGGUGUCUUCCUGAUGAAAAACUCUUAUAACUUCCUUAUUUCUUGAUCAAUUUUUACAAACUAUGAUUCAAAAUAAAGCUGAGAUAGCAGCAGACAAAAUCGAUUUUAAAAAAGGUUAAACAUGAUCAUUGAAAAUUUCUAAUGUUAGCAUACAGGUUUUACAAUUAAAAUAAUUAAUUUUGGUUAAAUAUGCAUUAUAUUUACCUGUGAAACAAUCUUUUUAUCUCUUGUAAACAUGUUGUAACAAUUUCUGCAGUUUAUAGCAAAGUAUCUGUACCACUUGUACAUUUAUAAAGCAUUUGUUUGCACCGCGCUACGUUAUGCUCAUUGAUUUCAAUGGUUAGCGUUAGCAUUAGCUCAAUGCAUAAAAGUCCCCCUUGCGAAGCCACGCCCAGGUCAUGUGACACCCAGUCCAGUAAUAUACAUCAAUGGGUGGGGGUGUCAGUGUUCACCAACUGUAAAGGUAGGCUAUUUAUAGCCAAAAAGAAAACAAACAGAUUUAAAAUAUGAACUUUUGACAAUAAAUUUACCAGAUCUGUGCUUUCAUUAGAAGCUGCAGCAAACGUCCCUCCGAAACAAACAUCAUGUAUUUUUUUACAGCACACAUUAGUUUUAAAUGUCAAAACCUUUUUUUUAUUUUUAAAUAGGUAAUCAACAAGAUGUAAAAAGCACAGAGCAAAGUGACAUUUUAUUUAUUUAUUUAUUUAUUUGUGUCUGAUUUUUAGUUUUCCAUUUUUGUCCUUAAAUGUUAUUUUGGCUGAUUCUAAAAGCAAUCUGGAUAAUUUUUUCCAAAUUAAAGUAGUAGAAAAACUGAAUUUAGUUCCUUAGAAACUCUACCUUCUGAUACAUGGUGAAUCCUGUGAUUUUGUUUGUGCAAAUAUUUCUCUGAAGUUGUUCCUCUUACUUUUAUCCUGUCAUUUUGAUUUUAAAAAUGUGAGGCUUUGCAGCUGGAAAUGAAUUAUUUGGACUGCUCACAACCCAAGUGCAUGUGAUUUAUUUACAGAUCAACACACUUCAAAGGGAAAGUUAAAUUAGCUCUGAUAAGCUCCACUGGCCGAUGGUUGACCGUCACCCAUCGCCCAACCCUAACGUUCAGCUGUCAUUGAAGUUGCAUUUUGACUAAAGUAACUGUGUUUUGUGAAUGCUAAAUAUCCAAAAAAAAUGUUUGUUUAAUGCUGGUUUGGUACAAAAUGUACAUAUGUGGCAGUAUUUAUCUUUGUAUUUUAAAAAUACACUUGUAUACUUAUAUUUAUAAUUAUAAAAAAACUGUAAAUAAACUUAAUCAAAUUCUAUUUUUUUAUUUAAUGCAUGUUGAGUAUAAAAAAGCAUUGAAUCAAAACUUUGACAUGCGGUCGACAUUCUGCAUAUUUAAACUGUUUUUUGUAUUGUACUUUUUUAUUUGUCACUAUUGUAUGUAUUCAUGAGUAUAUUACUGAAUUAUUGUA